AUGGACGACGGCGCGUCAUCUCGCCCGGCCGACACUCCUGAGGACUCUGGUCCCGGUGAGGAAAACACAACCCACGCCGGCUCGUCGAAAAACCAAGCGCUCAAGGAUCGAAAGUGCCAGUACUGCAACCAAGCCUUCACCUCCUCCUCGCUCGGCCGCCACCUCGACCAAUUUCUCUUCAAGAAGAAACCCGACGGGAUUCACGAUGUCGAGGAGAUCCGGCGCAUUCGCAGCGGGAUUACACGAAGGCAGGCGAGGACUUCCACCGGGAAAAGGGAUACACCUGAGCGAGGAAUGGCCAAAGGGUCGCUGGAUUCGGGCCAAGCUGGCGAGUCCGGCGGCAAGGGGCCCAUCCGGAUGAUGUUCAAUACGCCGACGUGGCAUGCGACCGGGGUCAUCAACGACAUUCCCAAUCCGAACCAGCUGCAGGAGCAGGGCAUGUCUCGGUUUGCUUCUCAGUCUCGGGUGGGAUCGUUAGCGGCUACGGAUCUUGGAGGUCGAGGCUCCAGCACCAGCCCGGACACCGUGCGAGCGCUGGAAUUGGCCUUGCGCGAGGUCCUGGAUAACAUCAAAGCAGCGACGUCUCGAACGCGACCGCGCAUCUCGCCUUUCGAAUUCGAAAUCCAGAACCAAACCUUCCCCUCCCUUUGCCUCCUACUUCUGCCUCCGCCGCCGACGCUCUUCACAGCGAGCCCAUUCCCCUCGAAUACAUCCUUCCCUCUCGACCCUCCCGGCCAAGACCAUCUAAACAUCGUCCGACAAGCGAUCCACGCGAAAAUCGAACAAUGGCAAUCCGACCAGCUCGCCGCCGAGUCCUCCACGAACCCCGGAAAAUCUACUCUCGGAAUGGACGCGACCACGAUCCAGCGGAAUGCACAGCAGCACGAAGAACUCAGCCAGCGCCACCUCGAACUCGCCUUCAAGCACUGGGCCUCGCUCCCCCACGAAUCGCGUCGCGAAGCAUGGCAGCUGGAAAUCAUGCGCGCAUUCGCUCGCGAGGCCGAAAAACGCAAGUCGCUCGACGACCAGCUCGCCCGCGUCCAGCAAGAAGCCAACCAGCUUCGAUCCCAGGUCGAAAAACUCGGCAACUGCCAAUGGCCGCGGGAGUUCGCGCUCUUCCCACCCGAAACCCUGCCUCUACCCCGCGACGUCGCCCGUGAACUCGACGCCAAGGAAAGCCAGAUUAGCCCGGGCUCCGCACGCUGGGACUACGAGAACGUCGUCGCGAAAUGGAAGCGCGUCGUCAUGCACGAUCGGACAAUGGGCCGCGCUGGAGCCGGCCCUGCUAGCCCGCUGCCCGACGAGCCCACGAGCGCGAGCGCCAGUGCCAACGCCGACGGCAAACCGCGAACAACACAGCCGCUAUCUGUGUCAACUGCAAGCCCCGGCGGCCCAUCACCGAUCCAGAAUCCGAACGCCGCCCAAACCUCGCCAUACAUGACGCACGAAAGCCCGAUUACCGCGCCGCAAGCGAAACGCCAGCGCCUGAUGAACGGCAGACACCACCCGAAUACCGCCGGUGACCAGUCUGCGGGCGCGACACAAGGCGGUGCGGUUGGUUCGGGCCCCUGGCAUUCUGUUCAGAAUGUGCAAGCACAGGCCCAGGGGCAUAUGCACGGGCACCAGCACGGACACGGACAGCCAUCAACGCUUUCGCCGACAACUCCUUCAACAGGCUGA